AUGCCCGUCUCCCACCUCACCCUCACCGUCUCGAAUCUGCCUACCUCCACCUCCUUCUUCCUGUCAUGUCUCCAGCCAUUGGGAUACUGCUUCAUGGGCCGUCAUGAGAACAGCGUCGGCUUCGGUACCGAGCCUGGCAAGCCCGCUGAUUUCUGGAUUGCUGAAGAGAGGCCUGGAGUCCCGGUUGGAGCCGCACAUAUUGCCUUUCCAGCUCCCUCCAGAGAUGCAGUCAGUGCAUUCUUCAUUGCCGCUCUCAAGGCCGGCGGCAAGAUCCACGGCGAGCCAUGCGUGCGAGACGCUGAACGGGGCUACUUCAGCGCUGCCGUGAUCGACUUUGACGGCAACAGCAUCGAGGCCGUCUACCGGAACGACGCUCCCAGCGUUGCUCCCAGCCGCAAGGGAAGCGUCGUCAACGACAAGGCCCUCACCGUCGUCGACAAUGCAUCCGUGGUCUCGAAGCAUUCCACCGCCAAAUCGAGGGCCAUGACCGUUGCUCCCGCAAAGUCUGAAGUCAGCGUUGCCAAAUCCAGGGCCAUGACGGUAGCACCCAAAUCCGAGGUCAGCUCUGCCUCGACCGCCAGAAGAUCGUCUGCAAAGUCCGUCAUGGCUCCCGUGCCUGCUCCAGCUCCCGCUCCCGUCCAUGUCCCCCAGCCGCAGCCACACCAGCUCACCAGGCGGGAGUCCAGCACGACCACGACCAACGUCCACUACAUCGUCACCAAGGAAAAGAGCGGUGACAACCUGGCCGGCGCAAAGGCGGUGGUGGGUACUCUUCUCGGCGCUGCUGCGGGAGCUGCUCUUGCAUACGCCAUGGUCAAGGGCGACUCGCAGAGCCAGAAGGAGACCAUCACGCCCGUUACCACCACCCGCUACAUCGAAGCACCUCAAUCGAGCCCCUCUGCCGCUGGUGGUGGAGGUGCGUACCGUAGCAUUGAGCCAGGCCAGCAACAGGGCCAGCUCGAGGACGGAUACGCCCGCAGCACUGCAUCCAAGAACCCCUGGGCCAGCACCGUGUUCGAGGGCCUAGAACAGACAAGCCGCAUCCUGGAGCAGGCCAAGAGCUUCACCGGCACUGCUGCUGCUGCCGGUUUCCUGCCGGGCACCCCUGGAUCGGCCUCUGGCUCCGAGCGACGCCCAUCAGACGGCAGCAUGUACAGCGGUGCCUCGGGCGACCUCGAGAUCCGAGCCAUCGAGGGCGUCCCCGGCAUGGCAGAGGAUAGCCGCUCCUCAUACUCUCGCGUGUACCCGCAAUACCAGCCCAGCCCCAGCUUCGUUAGCAGCUUCCACGGCGAACGAGGCGACGCCGGCAGCGCCUGUAGCUCCGGCAGCUGCAGCUCCCAGCGCCGCUCCAGCUACGACCACAGCCCGCAGCACUACGCAAAGAGCGUCGCCUCCAGCCAGGCGUCGGGCUCGACCGUCAAGGCGAAGUCGACCAAGGCCAAAUCAAGCUACUCAAGCCACUCCAGCCACCACUCGAAGCACAGCAGCAGCAGCAAGAACAACGACCGCAGCAUGCGCACCAUCGAAGAAGACUACGGCUACGACUUCGAGCCUGUAGCUGACAGCGUCCACUCCGUUCACUCCGUCCACUCAGCCCGCAACAUCCCUUUACCCGCGGGCUCGACCACGACCGUCUCCAAGCUGUCCAUCCGCUCCAAACACUCGCACCACAGCAGCCACAGUAAACACUCCCACCACCACCAUGAUAACCAUGCCCAUGACCAUGACCGCCGCUCAUCAGCUUCCUCCAGUCACCGCUCCCACGCCCACCAGAUCCCGCUCCCACCCAGCGUAGCCGGCGGCAGCGCGCUGUACCUCGAAGACAUGAUCGACGCAGACUCGCACGUCACGCCACGACCCAUCUUCGAAGCAUCCUCGACCACCUCGAAGAAGUCGAAACACAAACGGUCCAAGUCGAGCAGCCGAUCGAGCCAGGCGACGGGCCACUCGAGCAGUGCACGGAGUAAGUUCGACGAGCCGGUUUUGCCUAGCGAUAGCGUCAGCCAGGUUGGCAGCUGUGUGUCGAAGCGGAGCAGCAAGAGCAGGAGGUAG